CGAAAAGGUUCGUGCCACCCGGUGGCAGCAAACGCGGCCAGGUAAUACACAGACUUAGUUGUUGUAUGGACUCUGCAUAGCAGCUAGUGCCCUUUUAACUUAGUUUAGCCGCUCACAGCAACCCUGCCCACUAAGGAUUCUACUGCUCGUAACGUCGAGGGAAAAAUGGGCAUUAACUUCGACGGGCCGGCUGACGAGGGCCCCGGCUUUGUGGGCAUCAAGUUCUGUCAGGAAUGCAACAACAUGCUCUACCCGAAAGAGGACAAGGAAAACCGCGUGCUACUUUACGCGUGUCGCAACUGUGAUUACCAGCAGGAGGCCGACAACAAUUGCAUCUACGUAAACAAGAUCACCCAUGAAGUUGAUGAGCUGACACAGAUAGUGUCGGAUGUGGUGCAUGACCCUACCCUGCCACGCACAGAGGACCACACUUGCCCAAAAUGCGGCCACCGCGAAGCCGUCUUUUUCCAGGCACAAUCCAGGAGAGCUGAGGACGAAAUGCGGCUGUACUAUGUGUGCACCAACACAAACUGCACCCACCGGUGGACUGAGUGAAACGACCUAAUCAGUUUGGCCAUCUUUCAGACCAUAUGCAUCAUGUUAAUAGGUCAAUAUGAGAGUCGUGAAAUAAAAUGUUUUACCGCAUGUUGCAGUUCUGCCGCAAGGGCAAAGCAAUAAAUGUGUUAGUGAUGUCACGCAAAGAACGACAAGCAGUUGGCACUUGCAACGUGCUACUGAAGUGUAAAGAGGGACACUUGCAAAGAACUUAUUAUCGAGUUGUAUCUCAAUGCAUCUUUCCUUUUUUAUGCAAUGCAGCAUUGUUUUCUUUUCUGCAUGCAGAAUUGCUUUGACAUCCUCCUUUUACUUGUUGAAAACAGUGCGUGUUCAUUUUUAGACAUUGUAAUUUCACAGACGUAACUUGAACUUUUAAACCCUGUAUAUAGUUCUGUAUAUACAGUAUUGAUCCCCAUUGAAAAGUUGUCGUUUAAAGAUGAUGAUCGGGAGUGUGAAUUAUGAAAUGCACAAUGUACGUGCAGUGCUCAUGUGAAAGCUUUCAUGAGCAAAUCUUGCAUGUUAAAUGUAUGGGUAUGAUUGUAUUCUGACAACUCUACACUUAACAACCAUUUCAGCUGUUUAGUUCACACUCGAAAUUGAUAGUGUAUAUAUAUAUAUGUAUAUAUAUAUUCAGUUAAUUGAAAGCUAGUUCAGCAGUAGUUUUAAAUAAGUUCGACAAAUACUGCACAAUUCUUAGCACCAAUAAAGAGAAGUGUUCUCAUCAU